AUGGCUAGAGGUCCAAAGAAACAUUUAAAAAGAUUAGCAGCUCCAUCCCACUGGAUGUUAGACAAAUUGUCUGGUGCUUAUGCUCCAAGACCAUCAGCUGGUCCUCAUAAAUUAAGAGAAUCAUUACCAUUAGUUGUUUUCUUAAGAAACAGAUUGAAAUAUGCUUUAAACGGUAGAGAAACCAAAGCUAUCUUAAUGCAACAACACGUUAAAGUUGAUGGUAAAGUUAGAACCGAUACCACCUUCCCAACUGGUUUCAUGGAUGUUAUCUCAUUAGAAGCUACUGAUGAACACUUCAGAUUAAUUUACGAUGUUAAAGGUAAAUUCGCUGUUCACAGAAUUUCUAACGAAGAAGCUUCUUAUAAAUUAGGUAAAGUUAAGAAAGUUCAAUUAGGUAAAAGAGGUAUUCCAUACGUUGUUACCCACGAUGGUAGAACUAUCAGAUACCCAGAUCCAUUAAUCAAAGUUAACGAUACCGUUAAAAUUGAUUUAGAAUCAGGUAAAAUCACCGAUUUCAUUAAAUUCGAUACUGGUAAAUUAGUCAUGGUUACUGGGGGUAGAAAUUUAGGUAGAGUUGGUGUUAUCACCCACAGAGAAAGACACGAAGGUGGUUUCGAUUUAGUUCACAUUAAAGAUUCAUUGGAAAACACUUUCGUUACCAGAUUAACUAACGUUUUCGUUAUUGGUAACGAAGCUGGUAAACCAUACGUCUCAUUACCAAAAGGUAAAGGUAUUAAAUUAUCUAUUGCUGAAGAAAGAGACAGAAGAAGAGCUCAACAAGGUUUAUAA